UGCGUCAAGCAAACAAAAUGUCCAAAACUUACGGUAUAAAUAAGAUAGCAAUCUUGCUCUAAUGCUAAAAUAUCCUUCAGGAAGGCAUCAAAGGUCGGCUGUCGGAGAUGAGCAAUCUUGGAUUGGUGUUGGGCGCCUUGGUGGUGGUACUGAUAUCAAGCCUUUGGAGGGGAUUGGUAUAUCUUAUAUGGAGAACAUUUGCCAUAACAAAGAGGUUCAGGAAGCAAGGGGUAGGGGGUCCUUGUGGCAAGUUCUGGUCUGGAUCACUUGAGGAGAUUCGAAGCAUGAAGAAGGCUGGAAGAAAGCUGAUCUUGGACAUCAACUCACAUGAUAUCACUCCUAGGGUCCUGCCCCACUAUCUUAAGUGGAUGUCACAAUAUGGACAAACAUUUCUAUAUUGGUUUGGACCCCAUCCAAUGAUAUGUAUCACUGAUCCAGAGUUGGCUAAGCAAGUGUUGUCGAACAAAUUUGGUUUCUUCCCAAAGGUGACACCAAUUCCUAGCAUAUUGGCUUUAGUGGGUAAGGGUUUGUCUCUCACUCAAGGGGCGGAAUGGGUUAGGCACCGGCAUGUUGUCAGUCCUGCUUUUACAAUGGAUAAGCUCAAGACGAUGACAAACAAGAUGGCAGCAUGUGCUCAAUCCAUGCUAGAAAGGUGGCAAGAUCUGGCAACUCAAGCUGAGGGCCAAAGAGAGAUGGAGGUCAGCAGCCAACUUCAAGAGUUAACAUCAGAUGUAAUCUCCCACACAGCUUUUGGAAGCAGUUAUGUUGAGGGCAAGGAAGUCUUUCAGGCACAAAAAGAGCUCCAGACACUUGCAGCAGAAAGUCUUCUCAAUGUCAACAUCCCUGGAUACCAAUAUCUUCCUUCUAGGAGGAAUCUGCACAGGUGGAAGCUAGAAAGAAGAGUGAGGAACACACUGAUGCACAUCAUACAGGGCCGAUUAGAUUCGAAGGACUCCAGCUAUGGAAAUGAUCUGCUUGGGUUGAUGAUGGAGUCUUGCAGAUCAGACCCUGGUCAAGAGCGAAAGGGUCAACUAUUGAGCAUGAAUGAGAUCAUGGAUGAGUGCAAGACAUUCUUCUUUGUUGGACAGGAGACCACCUCCCAUUUGCUUACUUGGACUGUGUUCUUGUUGUGUACCAACCAAGAAUGGCAGGAGAGGCUCAGAGAGGAGGUGCUCAGAGAAUGUGGUACAGGAAUUCCCAAUGCAGACAUGCUCAGCAAGUUAAAAUUGGUUACCAUGGUUCUCUUAGAAGCCUUAAGGCUCUAUGGCCCAGUAGUCAUGAUGCAAAGAAUGGCUGCUAAAGAUAUGACCUUAGGAAACCUAGUGAUUCCAAAGGACACCAGACUAGUAAUACCAAUUGCAAUUAUUCAUAGGAAUAAAGAGGUUUGGGGAGCUGAUGCUGAUGAGUUCAAUCCUCUUAGAUUCAAGAAUGGGAUAUCCAAAGCUGCCAAGCACCCCAAUGCACUACUUGCAUUCUCGAUAGGACCGAGAGCAUGCAUUGGUCAAAACUUUGCAAUGUUGGAAGCGAAAACCGUGAUCGCCAUGAUCCUCCAGAGGUUCUCAUUAUCUCUCUCCCCAAACUAUAUACAUGCACCAGCGGACAUGUUUUUUCUUCAGCCCCAGUAUGGGCUUCCUAUACUUCUAAGACCCUUGAACGUCUGAAACACCCAUUCCAUUAUUAGCAUAUAUAGUUAUCUCUAUGUAUGUGAUUGUGCCAUGUAAUGUUACUGUCUCAUUGUUGUCUUCCGUCGGAGCUUGGUCUUGAUAACUUUUUGUCUUGUUAAUGUUUUAAGAUCUCUGAUGUGUGCAAGAGACACUCAGCUAUCAUUAGUUUACUUCUCUAUAUGUAUAUGAGUGUACCAUAUAUUUGUACCAUAUAUGUAUAUGAGUGUACCA